UGUCACGUUUCUGAUCGCCGAAGGCUUCCUCUUUGCAUUUGGUUGUUACGUCUUCCUAAAAACCUCCGCGCAAGACUCAGAUUCGUUCGAUGGAAGGGUGGAUGGUUACAAUAAUAGUGGCACGUCCCAAAUAGUAGAUGUUGCGGAUGACUUUGCCGAUGCGCGCGAGCGAUUUGCACAUCAACCAACCGACAGUCUCGUAUUAGACAAUACCGAAAGCAAUGGAUUGUUUUCGAGCGCUCUUGAUGAAGAAGAUCUAUCACUUUCACUUUUAAGCGAGAGUGGCAAUGCGCGCGAGCCGUACAUCUUGUCAUGGGUUGACGUAGUGUGCACGUUGAAGUCUGGGCGCCGGGUGUUGAAGAACGUCACGGGCGUGGCUGGCCCAGUGAACUCCAUAGGAACGUCGCGCGAUGGUUCGAUCACCUGUCAUGAGCAACAUGCUGAUUUAUUCGCCAUGCUUGGACCAUCGGGUGCUGGGAAAACGACGCUGUUGGAUAUUCUUGCAGGGCGAGCACCAUCCACGCAUGUUAUUCGCGGCGACAUUCGUGUAAACGGACAACCCAUGGUGUCAUCUCAGAUUCGUCGCCUGAGCGGAUACGUUACCCAAGACGAUGUUUUGCCAGGUAACGCAACUGUAUACGAGCACUUGUUGUUUCACGCCAAACUUCGGCUUCCAGCCGAAACGCCUUUAGAUGAUAUUUGUCGUUGCGUGGACUCGACGAUGCAGAUUCUCGGCAUUGAGAAGCUCGCUGACUCGUUCAUUGGUGACCAGUUCCAGCGCGGCUUGUCCGGUGGAGAAAAGCGCCGUGUGAGCAUCGCCACGGAGCUUUUGAUGAGCCCUGGCAUUAUGUUCCUGGACGAGCCCACGACUGGGCUGGACAGUACGAACGCCGCCAAGGUAGUGGAUAUCCUGUCCGGUCUCGGCGCGAUGGGCACGACGGUAUUGCUGAGCAUUCACCAGCCACGACCAGACAUUUUCCGACUGCUUGAUCGCGUCCUGGUACUGAGUGGCGACGGGAGCGUUGUUUACUCUGGUCCGUCUGCACUCGCUUCAGCGCACUUCAACUCCAUGUCGUUCGUCAGCUUGCCUUCCGCGGACUUGCACAUCGCGGACUACAUGCUGGACGUCGUGCUGAAGAGUCCCCGCUCGGACGUAAAGCGCAUGGUGCAAGCGUUUACCGAGAGCGAGGUCGCCGAAAGCGCGUUGCUCAUCGCGGACACCUUGACGAUUCGAUACGAAGAUUCCGAUGAACCACCGUUGAUCGUACCGAAAUACGUUAGUCCGUACGUCAAGCAAGUGUGCUUGCUUUGGCAACGGCUCGCAAGAGUGACCUUUCGUCAUCCGUUUUUGUUGAUGUUGCACUUUGCGUCUACGGCAGGCAUGUCAAUCGCACUCGGCUUGAUUUUUUGGAACAGUGGACGAGACACGGGCGGGAUACAAAAUAGGAUGGGCAGUUUAUUCUUCAUCAUUCUGUAUCUGACGCUCAUGUCGCUCUCCUCUUUGCCGAUAUGGAAAGAGGAUCAAAUUCUGUUCAGACGCGAGCGAGCGAGCGGUGUGUACGGCACCAAUGCGUACUUCACAGCCGUCGUCCUCUUCGAUGUCGUGAUUUUACGCGUCACUCCUCCCCUAUUGUUUGCAUUCAUUACCUAUUGGAUGCAAGAUCCUCAUUCGGGCGGAUCGGUCGCGGUGACAUGGCUCGAGGAUUUAUCCUUCGUCAACUACGCAUUCGAGGCGCUCUUGAUAAACGAGUUCCUCGACGCUGGAACAUUUUACUUUACGCCGAAGCUAAUCGAUUCUAAACCGACCGAUACGCCUCCGCAAGAAGGUCCCAUCAAAGUCCCCGUGGAUGGCAAAGAGGUACUGAAGUUCUUUAGUUUUGGCUCGACGCACGAGGUAUUUUCCCACGACAUCACGGUUUUGUUCACCAUCAUGUCGUGCUAUCUCGCGUUGGCGUUCGUACUCCUCAAGGUGUCUCAGCGAGACGCUAUGUACUAG